AUGAAAUAAAAUAAAUAUAUCAAAAACAUUCAUUUAAAGUCUAAGGAACUAGUUGAAUAGCAAUUAGAAUAGUAAAAGGUCAAUUAAUCCCAACACUAAUUGUAAGAGUUUGAUUUUGCAGCAAAACCCUAUGUGAAUUUUGAUUUCAUAAAGUUAAAGAGCAUUAAAUCAAUUAAGAUGAGUGAUUCUGGUUCCAGAGGAGUGAUAUUUAUAGAUUCAGAAUAAGGAGCACUCGUUCUUAAGUUAUCAGGUUAAGUGAGUGUGGAACUCUUUCUUAACAAAUUAGCAUAGGCACUUGAUAUUAAAACAACUUAGAUGAAAUGUUUAAAAUGGUGCGACGCAGAGAUGUAAGAUCUGAGAAGCGACAUUUUAUUUGCAGCUUCAACAGAUGAAGUUCUAUCGCAUCGACUUAAACAGAAAUUAAAAGUUGCCUACUUUGAAAUCAUCGAAUAUAUUCCUGGUCUUCAACUCUAUUGCUUUCAAGGAGAAAGGGCGAAAAAGAUAUUUAAUCAAGAAAGGCUUUUCAGUUUAGGGAAAAUAAUUGGAUUUGAUAUAUUUAUUCAUAAUGGAGACAGAUUUCCAUUACCUAUCUGGAGAAGUGUAGGAAAUGCAUAUAAUGUUAUUCUUAAAGUAAUUGAUGAGAAAUAAGAAGACAUGUUUAACAUUCAAAAUGUUAAUCUGAAUUUUGAUUGUAUUUAUUCAAUUGAUCCACAAACAAUCUUGAAACAAUUAGAUUCAAGCAUUUAAGAUAAAAUAUUGAAUGCUUAUAUUGAAAAAGUGUAAAAGUUUCUAUAAGAUCUAUGUGAUGAUAUCAAAAAGAAUGAGUCCAAAUGUUUAGAUGCCUUUUAAGAUUUUAUCUUUGAGCAAACUCAUUACAAAUUAAAUGAAAAUGAACUUUAAAUUGUUAAAAAAGGAAUACUAUAUUAGAUUUAGAAGAUAUCUCAAUUUGGAAUAGAAAAUAUAAUUAAAAUAAAGCAGGACCUCAUUUUGCCUGACUCUUAAGAUUGGAUGGAUUCAUACAAUAAUUGUUUAAAUUAAAUUCACAUAGAAUUUCAUGAAAAAUUGAUCAAACUAUUUAGCCAAAUAAUUGAUGCUAACUCUGAAAUAUUUUAAACUUUAUGA